AAAGAUUCCGGCAAAUUUCUGCUGCGACAAAGAAUACGACGACGACGUCCUGGACAAGACCGGGACCGGGACCGGGACCGGGAACGCGCCAAAGCGGUCCCGGCAGCGUCUUCCCGAAUUGGGUCCACUUGCACAGGACUGAGGCAGGCUCAGGAAGGAAGGAAAAACCGGCCAAGCGGAGGGCUGCCGUGGUGGCUUCUUUUCGCGGUCCAGUAUUUCAUGACGUUUGGGUUCGGGUCUGCCUUCCUUUGAGCUUCCCCUCCAGACUUCAACUGAGAUUAGGGUGCCAUUUUUUUUUUUUUUUUUUUUGGGGGGGGGGGGGGAAUAAUUCAAAGCAGGAAGGCGUUCCACCUGGCAGGUGUUUUGGCCUCCCCCGGAAGGAAGGAAGGCUUGCACAUCAAAGGGAGACGAUCUCGCGCUCAAGUUUUUGCUGUCAUCACCUCCAGUCGCCGGGACGCAGAUUACAAAAUGUCGGCGUGGCCUUGACUGGAUUUUUCCCUUCGUGACCUCCGUGACCUUCCUUCCUUGACCUCCAACAUGCAGGGAGGGGCUGCUGAAGAGUGGAGGUUAACACCCCCCCCCGCCAUCUCUCGCACGUAACCUUGAAAUGACCUUGGCCCGACGCGGCCCCACCUCUUUGUGCGGGACGCCAGGCAAGAAAGAGAAACGGUGGCAGAGCGUUCUUGGCUCUGUAACCAUGGUAACAUGCAACAUCACCACCAGAAGCGCCUUCCCUGCGGCAGCUUGAACCUGAUGGGGGGGGGGGGGGGGGGUCUUUUCACCUGACUCGAUUCAUCCAGAUGACACGGUCGGCCCCAGCUAAGCGCAUCGCUCGGCCGCAUCAGCCAAGUUUUUUUUUUUUUUUUUUUUUUGCGCUCUCAUCCGAGCCGGACGGAUGCCGCCGCUGAGCCCAGACCGUGAAGGCAGAGAGGAGGCGCGUGCGUUUUUUUUUUUUUUUUUUCCCUCCCCCGCCACCCGCCCGCUCCUCCCCCUCCCCUGUCAAAAGCUCCUCCUCCUCUGUCCGUCGCCGCAGCCGAGCCCGUUGACAUUUUGGUGCCGAACGUGAGCCGGAGGGCACCGGACUGCGCGUUUGCCACCCGCCGCCGGCCGCCUGCGGGAGCGCGAGCUGUUUUUCUUUCCCAGCCAAGGCUACUAUGAAGACGACUUUCGGCAAGCCGGAUCCAGGAAAGCGCCAGCAGUCUUUUUAACACGUUUGCGGUCCAGACCAUGUCCGACCAUCCCCGGUGAAACCCGCCCGACUUUCCCCGCGUCCUCUCGAGCCGGGGCGCCCCAGAAGCGCGCAGCGAUGGGUCCGCCGCGCGUGGCGGCGGCGGCGGCCUGCGAGCGCAGGGCUCGCCGGCGUCUGCGGAGAAAACUUCGGCCCGUGCGGAUCUUGGGCUUGGCGGCGAGCCUGCUGGCGGCGAGCGCUCUCUCCGUGUGCGCCCUGACGUGGAACCCGGCGGCUUCGGCCGAUCGGGCGGCCCCCCGGGAGAGCCGUUGGCAGCCCGCGCCCCGCCGGAUUCUGCUCUUCAGCCGGCAGCAGGAAGAAGCGGACGAGCCGGUCGCCAUGAAAUCCGGCGCGGAUGGCAACGAAAGCCAAGGGGCGUACCCGCCGGACCUGUUCGGCCUCCAGGAGAGGCGCCGGGGCGCCGUGGUCCUCCACAUGUUCGGCAUGAUCUACAUGUUCAUCGCCUUGGCCAUCGUGUGCGACGAGUUCUUCGUCCCGGCGCUCACGGUCAUCACCGAGAAGCUGACCAUCUCGGACGACGUGGCCGGCGCCACCUUCAUGGCGGCGGGCGGCUCGGCCCCCGAGCUCUUCACGUCCAUCAUCGGCGUCUUCAUCUCGCACAGCAACGUGGGCAUCGGCACCAUCGUGGGCUCGGCCGUCUUCAACAUCCUCUUUGUCAUCGGCAUGUGCGCCAUCUUCUCCAAGGAGAUCCUCAACCUGACGUGGUGGCCGCUCUUCCGCGACGUCUCCUUCUACAUCCUGGACCUCGUCCUGCUCAUCGUCUUCUUCCUCGACAACAUCAUCUCCGUGUGGGAAAGCGUCACGCUGCUGUCGGGGUACGCCGCCUACGUCGUCUUCAUGAAGUUCAACGGGACUGUGGAGGGCUUCGUCAAGAACUGCAUGAACAAGAACCGGGUGGUGGAGGUGGAGGUGCAACCCAAGGCGAGUCCGGCGACGCCCGAGGACGACGGCAAGUUGUCGGCCAGACCUCGACUCCAGCGGGGGGGCAGCUCGGCCUCCUUGCACAACAGCUUGAUGAGGAACAGCAUUUUCCAGCUCAUGAUUCACACCUUGGACCCGCUAAGCGAAGAAUUUGCAGACUCUGAGCUUGGGACUUAUGGGAAACUAAAAUAUUAUCACUCAAUGACCGAGGAAGGGAAAUUCCGAGAGAAAGCCUCCAUUCUUCACAAGAUCGCCAAAAAGAAAUGUCAAGUGGAGGACAGCGAGAAGGCCAACGGAGUCGCCAGCCGUUCAGAUCGGAACCUGCCAAACAGCUCCAGCGUGCAAGUGGAGGUGACCCCGCCCAUGAACGGCACCGCCGGCCAGGAGGGCGAAUCGGCCGAAGACGAGGAGGACGACGACCAGCCCCUGAGCCUGUCCUGGCCCGAGUCCGGUCGCAAGCGCUUCACCUACCUCUUCAUCAUGCCCGUCGUCCUGCCGCUCUGGUUGACGCUGCCCGACGUCAGGAAACCGUCGUCAAAGAAAUUCUUCCCCCUCACCUUCCUGGGUGCCAUCUGCUGGAUCGCAGCCUUCUCCUACUUGAUGGUGUGGUGGGCUCACCAGGUCGGGGAGACCGUCGGGAUUACAGAGGAGAUCAUGGGCCUGACCAUAUUGGCGGCCGGAACGUCCAUCCCCGACCUGAUCACCAGCGUGAUCGUGGCACGCAAAGGCCUGGGCGACAUGGCCGUGUCCAGCUCCGUCGGCUCCAACAUCUUUGACAUCACCGUCGGACUGCCGUUCCCGUGGCUGAUGUGGUCCCUGUUGAGCGGCCUGCAACCGGUGGCGGUGAGCUCCAACGGCCUCUUCUGCGCCAUCGUGCUGCUCUUCCUCAUGCUCCUCUUCGUCAUCAUCUCCAUCGCCGCCUGCAAGUGGCGCAUGAGCAAGCUGCUGGGCUUCAUCAUGUUCAUGCUCUACUUCGUCUUCCUGGUGGUCAGCGUCAUGCUGGAGGACCGCGUGCUCAUCUGUCCCGUGUCGGUCUGAGGCCCCCCCGCCCCCUCCCCUCCGGCGGCAAAUUCAGCCCGGCCGGCGUCGACGAGAGUGUGUCGAUUUUCAGUUAUUUCAGUAGCGGCGGGGACGUCGAAGCCUUUUAUGCAUGCCAGUAGUGCGCUCAGAUUGGGCUCAUCGGGACCGGCAAGAAGAAGGCGCAAGACGCCGUUUGCCGUCGCCCGAUUCCGCGCCGCCAUUUUCUUUUCCGUGAAAUAAUUAGCAGUAGCCUUAGACGUACCGGAGCGGGACAGUCCGCCUCCUCUGAUUGUAGAUAAGCCGACACGCUCGCACCCCUCGACACCCCCCCAAACAAAUAAAGAACUGGAUGGAAGUAAAAGCACGAGCACUCGGGCUGACCGCGCCUCUAUUAUGACGACGUGGAAAGAAUAUUUCAUUGAGCUUUGGGCUGCGUCCGGGAAGAAAAGCGACAAAAAAGACGCUCACCCGUGAAUCUUCUUCGCCUUCCACGUUGAAAGCAGGCGGACACCAAAACGUCCGUCCAACCUCCCCGGCGCGUUCCAUCACCCAAAGGUGCGUCGCCGACCACAGAAGCGCCGAAGCUCACCCUGUGAGAAUCAAGAGCAAUACGCCCGCCCUUGCCCCCGCCCCCGCCCGGGAUCUCCCCGAGUUCUUUUGACUUUUCUGCAUUCACCGACGACUAAUUUUGUCCUUUCAUUUCAGGGCGCUUCCCGCGCUGAGCAAAUGCCGCUGCCGACGUUUGUUCACGUAUUGGAAGCGCAAAAAAAAAAAAAAAAAAAUCGUCAGCCCCCCUCUCGCGUCUCGGGGUCCCCGAAGCGUCGACGUCGGAAGGACUUCCGAUGGACUCGGAGGAAGCCUUUUGCACUGCAAAUGUCUCCAUUUUCUCGGUGUCGGCGUAAUAUGGAUUUCAUGUGUACAUAUAGACAGACCCAAAUUAACCAUAUAAUCUAUGUACAACGCAUUUGUCUCCGUGUAAAGACAAAGUAUAUGAUGAAACAAAUAAAGCUGAUAUGCGACUCGACUGGAG